CAUGCAUUAUCUUUAGGCAGGUCUCCUGGUUAAUUGCUGCAGCAGACAGAGAGUACGACAGAGGUAAAAAAGACAACAUAACAGUGGUUACAGGGCCAGAGCUCCAAAAUGAACUUGUUUGGAAGAGCAAAGGCUGCGCCUCCUACAGCUCCCCGUGCGGCAGAAACGGUUAAUGAAGAUGAUUAUGGUGAUGAUGUCUAUGCACCCCCACCCUCCACUCCAGUGGUCAUCAUACCUACACCAAAGAAGCAGGAGGAAGAUGAAGAAGUUUACUCAGAUCGCUCUGAUCCCAUUCCCAAGGGUCCUCCGGCUCGUGCUCCUCCACGUGCUGCUGCUCCACCGCCUCGUGCUGCAGCCACCCUACCUCCAUCCAGAAAUGCAGCUGUCCCACCACGCACUGGGGCUCCUCCCCCACCUCGUCCUGGUCCAUUUAAGCAGUCUGCUCCUCAGAAGAACUCCAAACCAGUUUCUGCUCCUCCUGUUCCUGAAGAAGAAGACGAGGACACAGAAGACACCUACAUUGACCCAACUUUGGCCAGUGCUUCUAAAGCACCCCAUCCUUCAGUGAACAGAAAUGUCAAGCCUGGGAAGAAAAUGGUACUUCCUCCUGUGACUCAUAAGCAGCGUCAGCAAAACAAAUCCAUGCAGAAAUCAGUGCCACCACCUCCUCAAACACGUAGACCAUCUGGUGUUAAAUUUCAGCAGCAGGUGGAACCUUCAAAGACCUUUGCAGACCAUAUUGAUGAGGAUGGGGCGGAAGAUGUAUAUCUUGAAUGCGAUACACCUGUAGUGAAACGAAACUCACUACAGACACCUCCUCCGAUGCAGCCUACUUCUUCCCAAAACAGAAAACUUUCAGGGCCAAAAGCACCAAUUCCUGCUCCAAAAAAGGUUAUUUCACAACCUAAAGGAGAAGAAAGUGGAGAUAAUAUACAACCCGAAUAUAAGCCAUCAGGGGUUUCGACAAAGCAAAGUCCAGUCUCCACACCCUCUACACUGUAUGCGAUUUCCCAGCACAACAGAAAACAUUUAGUGCAAGUUCUUCCUUUUCCUUCUGUAAAGAAGCCUCUAGAGCCAUCAUUGAUGACCGAAGAUUCAGAAACCAAUCAGAAGGAAGACAAGCUGUCCUUUCAAGAACAGAAGAUAUCUAGUGAAAAUACCUUUAAACAGAAGAUGGGAGAUUACUUAGCAGCCACUAGAUUAAAACCACGUCUCCCUCUCCCUGUGAACACAGAUCAAGAGGAUAACAAUUUGUCUGAUAAAGAAUGGUUUGCAGGAAACUGUGACCGGAAAACAGCAGAAGCAACAUUAAGAAAAUUUAACAUGAAUGGUGCUUUUUCAGUGAGGCAGAGCUCGGGUCAGAGGAAUGAUCAGCCCUACACCCUGGUUGUACUGAACAAUGGUCGAGUGUAUAAUAUCCCAGUCCGUUAUGUUGAAACUCAACAGAAGUAUGCUUUGGGAAAGGAGAAAAGAAUAAAUGAAGAGUAUUUUAACAGCAUUGCAAACAUGAUUGAACAUUACCAAUGUAAUCCCUUGAUACUUGUUGAUGGUAAGAAUCAUUCCAAGGAGAUGGCAUGCCUGUCGUAUCCUGUCCAGCCAUAAAUCAUCUGACAGCUGGUAUUACAUCAAAGGAUCAGCAUCUGCAUACCUACCUGCUAGCUGGUGAAAGCAACUGCCGGAUCAUGGCACCUGAACUUGUUACUGAGCUGACCUGCUGAUCAGAAAUCACUUAUUACAUGAGGUUAAAAUGAAUUUCACUGUUAGUAACGAUCUGCCGUUUGAAUUUAUCACGCAGAUUACUUGGCAACUGGAAGCACCUGCAAAUCUCUCAGAACAGAAUUUUUUAAGACUUUGGUUCAGCAGUUCACAUAAUGACUUCCUAGCUUUCUGUGCUGCUCCUGUUAAAACAUAAAAAAUGGUAUUGAUGAUGACUGAAAGAUUAUCUGCCAUGGUAACUUAAAUAUGGAAUAAUUUAAGAACUGUCUAAAAUUCCAAGGACAAUGAAAUUGCAAAAUAGUCUAUUUUACAGUUUUGUCAUUGAGUUCUACUCCUCUUAACCUCCUUUUCUAUAAUUUCUCUGGAUAUUUUUAUUUAACACUUUAAACGUCUUUUUAUCAUCAUUCCAAAACCAUUCACCACAGGAACUGCAUACAUGCCUCUUAUGGGGUAGAAUGUUAUCUAGCAUGACCAUCACAAAUCCCUCUUUCUGUUCUUUCCCUUUACCUAUUUCCUAUACCUUGUAGGGUAGACUGAUAACACAAUCACCACGAAUUCUAUUGUUCUGCCUUUCAGAGACUAAAUUGAGUAUAAAAUGUUUGGGAAUUCUACUCAUCUUCUCUGGCUUUUUUCUGUACUGUGAUCCUAUUCAUUUUAUCUUAUUUCUCCAAUGAGGCAAUCCUUACUGUCCAAAAAGAUAGCUGCUUAACACACUACAUGGGCAUAUAUCAAAGCCCUAUUUCUUAAACUUCCCAAAUGAGCCAUCAUGUAUUUUAAUAAGUGAACUUCAUUUGAAAAUGGGAUGUGAGUGAUGCUUCUUCAUUACAUCUCUGGAUCCGUUUUGGGUAGUUAAUGGUUAAAAUACUAACAGAUUCCUGUGUAUUUUUUACAUAUUGUGUUCACUGGGUACGCCAACCAAUUUGCAGUGAUUUUCAUUUAGUGUUGUUCUUCACUUACUCACUGUAGAGGAAUGAAGGAGUGAGGCAUGAAGUUGUUUGUAUAGGAUAAAUAGAAUUACAGACUUCACUGGUGUUUGAACUGUGGUCUUAAUUGUUUCAA